GUAGCUUUAUAGGAGAUGAAGGGAUGUGUCAAAUCCGUCAGGCCGCCAGUCAAAUAACCUCACAAAUUACAUAACCUAGUUACAUCAACAAACUGAAGAAAAUGCAAAUUAAAACCAAUAGAUAGGAAAAAUCCUUAACAUGAGCAGCGCAGAUGCUGUCGUGCUGAGCUACAACGAAUGCCUUCUCAGAGAAUCUGACUUACAUCUACUAAAGGGGCCUUACUGGCUUAAUGACAGUGUUAUUUCAUUUUACUUUGAAUACCUGCAGUCUGACCUAUUCAGGGACUUUCCACAGUUGCUGUUUGUUUCCCCUGAAGUCACUCAGUGCAUCAAGGUCUCACCACAAAGGGAUAUUGGGAUAUUUUUAGAUCCAUUAGUAAGCAAUCUACAAAGAGACUUUAUAUUCUUUGCCUUAAAUGAUAACGAAUCAACUGACUCCUCUGGUGGCUCCCACUGGAGCUUGUUAGUGUUUUCCAGGCCAGAACAAACUGUGUUCCACUAUGAUUCUUCCAAUGGAAGUAAUGAAAUGCCUGCUCUUGAGCUCUCCCAGAAAAUUCUCAAGUAUUUUAGUAUGGAUGCAAUAGGGAGAUUUGAAAGUAUGGCAUGCCUUCAGCAAAAUAAUGGGUAUGAUUGUGGAGUCCACGUAAUGUGCAAUGCUGAGCAUUUGGCAAGUUAUGCAUCCCAUUAUGGCAUGAUAAGAGGUUGUCCAAAGUUGGAUUAUGAAUCAGUGAUGGCAAAACGAUGGGAAGUUUUAGAUAUCAUUGACAAACUGAGGAACAAAAAUUACAAGGACAGCUGAGUUUUAGCAUGUUGUGAUGUACACCUGUAUUAUACAUUGUUGUUGAUUUAGUUUUAAUAUGUUCUUGCACACUCAAGUGUUUUUAACUAAAAAAGAAGAACUACCUAAUGAAGUUUUUACUAAAGCUUUGUAAACUAUUUUUCUGCCCCGCAGUUUUACCCACGGAACGUGUAGGUGGUGCCACUAGUAAACCAAAACAAAAUUAUACCACUAACGUUAUGGAGUACCACAAGGAUUUAUCCUAGGACCCUACCUGUGGUACCUAUACGUUGCUGAUAUGCGGGUAGUAAAACAUUGCACGACAAACGAUGUCACAAUACGCAGAUGGUUUGUGAAGGCUAAAUGAAUCCAAACAACAAAACGGAGCCAAUAUGAGAGCAAUGUGGGUAGUGGAAGAAAUAUUUCAAUACUAUGAUCAGUGUAAUUUGUAAUAAGCAGAAAACCGAGUAUAUUGUACUUGGAUCAGCACUAACGUACUGUUAUCCCGCUAAAACAAGGUUAGUCGGUAGUUAUGAGACCUCAAGGUGAAGUUCUUUGUACCUUGGUUUUUGGAUGCAAGCUGUUGCGGUUUGGGCGCCACCUAGUUUCAAAAACUAGGAAAUCAAAUGAAAAGUAACUACUGGUGGCUCUCUGGAGCUAAGGGGACACAAACUCACAAGGCACACAGACAUUUAUUGAACAAAAAAACAAAAUUAAGGAGAAGUCCUGAAGGACGGGCUAAAGAGAAUUAAUUUGUGUAUUACCCCCCUAGCUAAAUGGUUUCCCGUAAAUAUUAGAAUAUAAAGAAAAAUCACCUAUGCAGGCGCUAUUCUAUUAACGGUAGGCAACCGAGGGCAUGAAGUAAUUGAUGUGACCGGAGGUAGAACAGAAUACUUGAAAAUAACGAUUUGACUACUAAUUCCCCCUUUUUUAUUUACUUGAAAGAAUUAAAAAUUUAACUGUAACAUGGAACCUUUUGAGCUUGAGUUACAUCAAUUCAAAAAUUUAAAAUUGAAACAUAGUUGCUGUUCAAUCACGGUGAAGAAGGAAAAUUGUGAUUGCUCUAGCUAUACCCAAAUUUUUAAGCUGACCUGAACCGAAUUAAAAUAAUCAGAACGUGUAAA